AGCGAUUCCUCCAAGUUUCGAGGCAAACGUUUUAAGGCAAAUGUACUUCAGCCUCGCUAUGAUAUGUCGACGUGGUGCUGGUAUGCUAAGACAAAUCAGACCUCACGUCGGAAGCACAUGCUUCACAUAACACGGCUGAGCACUGCACCAGUCACAUCUGGCGUUCAGCCCGACCACUACGCACCUGGAUACUUACUGCAGCUCUCCAUCACGACGCCCUGAUCCGUAUUAUCGCCCGCUUGGCGACAACAGAAAUGCGUUUUGAUGAGCUUCGUCUUAUCUCCAUCCUAUCUCGCUCACCCUCAGCCUCGCUCCGCCAAGACAACGACGAUUUGGUGGCUUGCACGCUAGAUCAUUACUCACUGAUCAGAGCAUCAGGGAAAGCAUUAUUGCCGACAAGAGACGCAGAGAUUUCACUGGACUGGACGUCAGAACAUCAGCGUGAUGAAGAAAGACAACGCCGCCGCAAGGACUCUGGCUCGUCAUUUGGAAGCACAGGAAGUGAAGAGGUCAUCAGUCAUAAGGCGCCCAUUGGUGAACAUAACAUAGCAUCCCAAGACUUUGAAAACCACCGCUCGAUUGGUGGCAGGUUCGAAUGGGGAGAUUACGUCGCUCUAUCUUACACUUGGGGCAAUCCAGCGGAUAAGAAGAAGAUCAUCCUCAAUGGCGAAAUCGUCCUAGUGCAAGCAAACCUUGAAGCUGCUCUACGUGCGCUACAACGAAAAGAACCGAUGAGGUCUGGAUACAAGAUCUGGAUAGAUGCGUUGUGUAUAAACCAGGGGGAUCUUGGCGAGCGAAGUCGCGAAGUACGUCGAAUGCGGCUGAUCUACAAGAUGGCUGCUGAUGUCGUGAUAUGGCUUGGGAGUGAAGCCGAGGAAAGCGACAAAGCCAUGGAUCUGAUCCGCAUUCUGUCCGAUUCAUGUAAAGACGGCACCGACAAAGCGCUAGGGGUCAAGCUGCGACGAGACCCUGGAUACCUCGAGCCGGGUGCUUGGCUCGCUCUCAGUUGUCUGCUUGAACGCUCAUACUGGAACCGCAUGUGGAUUAUUCAGGAACUAUGUUUGGGUGGCGCCAACGCUCCAAUUCUUUGUGGAUACAAGAGCGUGACCUGGAAAGAAUUCUUUACCGGUAUCUACACUUUUGGGAAAUACAACGUCGAUGUCAUCUUCAACUGCAUCGAUCGCGAAAGAGCAUUGGUCGGUAAGAAGCCCUUCGGCCUAAAUAGGAACAAGAUCAUCCACAUUGAUAUGGAACAUGAACGACAAAUCGGAGCUGGGAAAACACAGUACAUGUGCCUUUUGGAUAUAGCCAGGAAGUCAGAUGCGUCAGACCUGAAGGACAAGGUUUACGGAAUACUCGGCCUCAUGCCUGGUCCAGUGACCUCAUUGAUCGAUCUGGAUUACGCUCGCUCCAUUGAGAAGGUGUACACUGAGUUCGCUAGGAACUACAUCACGGGAACACAAAGCCUGGAGAUACUGGAGCAGUGCCGAUUUAGGGACACGAAUCUGCCAUCAUGGGUUCCUGAUUGGAGAAACAAGGAGCACUAUCGCCUUUUCAGCGGCACACACUCCACCUACCAUGCGAGUGGUACCUCGGUCGCUUCGUAUCGUUUCAGUGACGAUGGCAGGAUAUUGUACGCAGAUGGCGUCAUGCUUGACAAAGUUGACGGCUUAGGAUGUGCGUACCUGGAAUACGGUACCAGUACGGAGCAACCAGACUGUGUCGUCCCUUCCAACAAUGCAUUGAAUGUCUAUGGGUCUGAUGGGUCGAUGCGCGAUGCACUCUGGCGAACUCUAACGGGAAAUCGUACUCCAAACGGUCGUCCGGCCCCAGAUACCUACGCCGAGAUACUGGACUUGCCACUAAGGGAGAGCUAUUCCAACCCGUUACCAUCACGAGGAGCUAGAGCAUUCAGUCGAUUCCUGACCCAGAGUGCUUCCCUUUCGGUCGCCAGUAAGAGGCUCGAUAGUUAUUUCGUGAAUCCAUCGGAUAUAUUCCCAAAGACAGGUAUCGAUGCAGUCGAGCGUGUGUGGAGGUUUACGAGAACGCACCGCAUGAUGACCACAUGCAAGGGCAGAGUGGGGAUGGUACCACGUGAGGCACGCAAAGGCGAUCUUGUUUGCGUACUGUCUGGUCUGGAUGUGCCCGUUCUGCUUAGGCCUGGAGAGAACCGAACAGAGCCACUUGUGCUUGUUGGUAGUGGUUAUGUGCAUGGCAUCAUGGAUGGCGAAGCGAUUCAGUGGAUGCGAGAUGGUCUUUGUGAGUCGGAAACAUUCUCUCUCCGAUGAGGUGAUUCUUUCUCUCUGAUAUCCCCCAUUUCUUGUUGAUCGCAGCCAGAUGGGAUGGAAGAAUAGCCAAACUGUAACAUACUCAAGUUGAAUCCGCUCGCUGCCCCUAGGGAAAAGGAUGGCUUUACGAUUCCAAGAUAUCGAACUCUAAAUGACCCCCUAAGCACUACUAGACUAGCAACAUACGUACUUUACAUGGGUCUCUCGUCUUCCUUUCAUCUAUAUUCUCUCUAUCGCAGCAGAUCCUGCGCCUUCCCAUAUAGAAGGAAGUUUCAGUAGUAGUUGUAAUACAAGUCCU